CGCCGCGCCACCGAUCUCCGGGCGAUUGCUUCUGUCUGGUGUUUAGGUAUGGUGCGCGGGAGGCGCCUCGGAAGCUAUCGGAGCCCAGGCUGGAGUUUGGCUGGUUACUGAAAGUUGCCCCGGUGCCGAGCGGGCUAUGGGCGAGCCCGACCCCUUGGUCUCGGGGCAGCUCGCGGCCCGCCGGAGCUGGUGCUUGCGGCGGCUGGGGAUGGACCGCGAGUGGCUACAGCUGGAGGCUGGGAGUGAGGUGACCAUAGGACGGGGAUUCAGUGUCACGUACCAGCUGAUCUCAAAGGUGUGCCCUCUGAUGAUUUCUCGAAACCACUGUGUUCUGAAGCAGAAUCCUGAGGGACAAUGGACGAUUAUGGACAAUAAGAGUCUGAAUGGUGUUUGGCUGAACAGAGAGCGUCUGGCGCCGUUACAGGGUUACUGCAUCCGUAAGGGAGACCACAUCCAGCUCGGAGUGCCUCUGGAAAGCAAGGAGCAUGCGGAGUACGAAUACGAAGUCAUCGAAGAAGACCGGGAGAGUCUGGCUCCCUGCCUUGCCCCCAAGAAUGACCACACAACGGAAAAACAUAAAGGCUUGAGAACUAAGAGGAAGUUGAGUUCGGAUGGGGUAGAGAGUCUUCCGGCCGAGGGCCCCUCAGACCUCAGGUGCCCACUGGCUAAGGGCUCCAGUAAACCCGCUGAGCCAGAGAAGCUACACGGCAAAGGUGAAGUGGCAAGUCAGCCCUUGGGAUGUUUGUGCCCUACCUUGGCGUCUCUUGAGGCGACUGAGAGGACCGCGGGGCCUCAUGCUUGCUCUACUCUUCCUAAGGUCCUCGAACUCUAUCCUAAGAAGCAGAAGGCCUGCAGCCCGUCAGCAUCUCAGAGCAGCUUAGAACUGUUUAAGAUGACCAUGUCCAGGAUGCUCAAGCUGAAAACCCAGAUGCAAGAAAAGCAGAUUGCUGUCCUGAACGUCAAGAGGCAGGCCCGGAAGGGGAGCUCGAAGAAAAUCGUGAGGAUGGAGAAGGAGCUGCGAGACCUACAGUCCCAGCUGUACGCAGAGCAGGCUCAGCAGCAGGCAAGGGUGGAGCAGCUGGAGAAGACGUUCCAGGAGGAGGAGCAGCACCUCCAGGGUUUGGAGAAGGAGCAAGGAGAGUGUGAUCUGAAGCAACAGCUGGUGCAGGCUCUGCAGGAGCAUCGCGCUCUAAUGGAAGAACUAGAUCGCAGCAAGAAGGACUUUGAGAAAAUCAUUCAAGCCAAGAACAAAGAAUUGGAGCGGACCAAGGAAGAAAAGGACAAGGUCCAAGCGCAGAAGGAGGAAGUUCUCAGCCACAUGAACGACGUGCUGGAGAACGAGCUCCAGUGCAUCAUCUGCUCAGAGUACUUCAUCGAGGCUGUCACCCUGAACUGUGCCCACAGUUUCUGCUCCUUCUGCAUCAGUGAGUGGAUGAAGCGGAAAGUGGAGUGUCCCAUCUGUCGGAAGGACAUUGAGUCCAGAACCAACUUCGCUGGUUCUGGACAACUGCAUAAUAAGAUGGUGGAGCGCCUAAGCUCAGACGUGAAGGAAAGGAGAAGCGUCCUCAUUAGGGAACGAAGAGCAAAGAGACUGUUAUGAAGGUCAUGCUCCAAGGACAUGUGAGAGACUAGGAGGAUGGCAGCUUGGCGUGUUCUAGAGGAUUCCCUUUUGCUGCUCUGGACAUCAUCGGAAGCCGUGUGCUGCAGAGACUUAGGAAGUCUGUGUCACUGGCCUUCUGUCUGCUGGCCCUGCUGCUGACACCACCGUCUACAGUGCUGCUGGGACACCCACUCGGAGUGACUGACUGCCUUACUACAUGUUAAAUGAGUUGAGUUCUGUGUUUCUUCAUUUGUUGAUUGUUUUUGAUACCUCAUGCACCCUAUUGACAUCAUCUUGGACACUCGGGUGCACCCUAUGGCUGCAUGGAAGGUGGCCUGCAUUUUGAGAGUCUGGUUUACCUUUUUAUGAAAACAAGAUGUCAUUUCUUGAAAAUAAAUAUAUAAAACCCGCCAGUUGCUCA